CGCGCUCCUCUCCGGAGCAGCAGGGCUGGAAAAUACCGGGGGAGCGAGAGGGAGAGGGAGAGAGAGGGAGAGGGAGGGAGAGAGGCGAUGUCCCGGCACGUAGCACCGGGAACAGAGCGCCGUGGAUGUCAUUUUUUUGGGUCACUUUCGGACUGAGCGAACUCCAAAGUGCAGACCGAUGACGAGCGACGGGAGCGCGCGCAGGACGUGUUUCUCCUCAUCGCGUUUACAGCGGAUUAUGUUUUAAAUCAGUUUCAAAUGCAGCGAGGGACUACUUCCUCCUCCUUUACUCUCUGACUUUUGCCACAAACAGAAACUUUUUUUGAGUCGGACCGGAGAUGGAGCCGGAGGAGGGGAAGCUCUCCGUGUGGGUCGGCCGGGAGGAGAAGAUCGUCUCCGGGCUGACCAAGCGGACUACGUGCGCCGACGUGGUCAGAGUCCUGCUGGAGGACCAGAACCUGCAGCAGGGCGCCUCGGCGGCGAUGCUGUCCGGCUCCCCGCAGUCCUACUGCGUGGUGGAGAAAUGGAGGGGCUUCGAGAGGACCUUGCCCAACAAGACCAAAGUCCUCCGGCUGUGGGGCGCCUGGGGGGACGAGCAGGAGAACGUGCGCUUCGUCCUGGUGAAGAACGAGGCGUCGCUGCCCAACAACGGGCCCCGCAGCGCAGAGGCCCGGGUGGUCCAGAGCCGGGAGAGCGGCGGCCCGGGAGUCGGCGGCGGGCUGAAGGGCACCGCCCGGACCUGCUGGACUGCAGCGGCCGCCAACUUGUCCCAGGAGAAACAGAGGCGCGUAGUUCGGAAGGCGUUCAGGAAGUUGGAUAAGAUGAACAACAAGAAGAAGGAGCAGUCUGUUUCUAAAGACCAGGACUCCGCGGAGAAGAUGGAGACGCUGGUUCACCUGGUGAUCUCCCAGGACCACACCAUCCGCCAGCAGGUCCAGAGGAUCAAGGAUCUGGACCGGGAGAUCGAGCAGUACGAGGCCAAAGUACACUUCGACCGCAUCAAGAGACACGGCGUCAACUAUGUGCAGGACACAUACAUGGUGGAGUCCUCCCCCUCCUCCUCCUCCUCCUCCUCCUCCUCGGAGGCUCCAUCGGACUGUUCGCGGCAGGACGCGCGCAGCACGGCGGAGGCGGUCGCGCAGUUCGAGGAUUACGCGCGCCGCUGCGAGGAGGUGGUGCGGCUGCAGGAGGAGCUGACGGAGCGCGAGGCGCUCGUGGAGUGCAUCACCGGGGAGAUCCAGGAGGAGCUCAACCGGCGGUGGAUGAAGCGGCGGCGCAGCGAGAGGGCAGCGGACGCGGCGCAGGACGGCGGCGUCGCGGAGGAGAUGCGCACGAAGGCACGCGCAGCCGCCGCUCCAGCUGCGCAGCCGGACUCGGACAGCUUGUCCGAGGACGAGGUGGCUCUGGAGGAGGAGAGGAUCAAAACGCAGCUGGACACCAGCCUGUACAUCGGCCUGCGGCUGAAGACGGACAUGGACGCCAUCAGGGGGGACCUGGACCUGACCACGGCCCUCUGGGAGACCAGGGAGAGCGAACUUCUGGACCUUCUGGCCAAAUUCGAGACUAUGGAGAUAGAGCAGGUGGGCAGCACGCCGACUGGCGGUGGCGAGAUGGAGACGGCGGCCACCAAGGCGGAGCCGGAGGAGAAGAGCGGUGUCUGGGUGGAGCAGGCCAGGGGUCUGUCCAAGGCCUGCAACACAAACGACGAGGACUCGGACACGGGUCUGAGCUCCAUGCACAGCCAGGACUCCGACAACCCGCCCGUGUGCGAGUCGCUGGUGUAGACUCACUUUUUGUUGUCUUUUGUGAGCACGUUGUACUUUUUAUGCAAUGGGGACAUUUCUCCCUGCCCAAAAUGCACCUCAGCACGGAUACUGUCAUUCUAUAGCAAUAAUUCCUAUAUGUAGCUGCACAAUACGCUGGGAGGUGCAGCAUGCUGCCAGAGGGUUUCUAGGCCGAGUUGCUCCAUCGCUGACCUUUUGACCUCAGCGAGGAGAGUCAACAACAGCACCACUCGUUAGAAGACAGCUCCAGAGGGGAGGUGAGCUCGGUCAUGGCUUUUCAAAGAGUUAGUGACAGCUGUCAGGAUAGGCCCCCACCUCGGUGCCAUACAGGUAAGAGCCCUGUGCUCUGUGAACAUGUCUUUAAAGCACAACAACAACAACAAUAAAAGUCCUAUUUAUUUCAUUUGGUCGUAGUUCUGUUGUUCUUUUAAAGCACUGGUCCUCCACCAUUUGGGGGGGGGGGGGCUCCAGGCCCUUUAAAACAGUAAUAAAACAAACAUGAAAAGUUGCAUAUUUCUCUAAACUGUGAGAAUUUCAAGCAAGCAGUUGUUUAAAUUUCAUAAUGAAAAGGCCCCCAAAUUUUUUUUUUAUGAGGCAUAAUAAUAAUAAUAAUAAUAUAUUUAGUUGUCUUCUCCUAACUUUUUAAUCAUCUUAUUAUUCCCUCAGAUGUAUAUUCUGACGACCUCACGGGGUAGAAAUAAAGUAAAUUCGGUGCUUCAAAGGGCACUCCAGCAAUUCAGUGUUAAACUCCCAUAAAUGUGAGGGAGUCACGAGAGACGUAAUGGUCGAAAUUCAAGCUGCGCGAAUUGUUUUUGUUCCUAUAAAAGGGGCAAAGCACCAGAUUCUUCAUUUCCCAUGAUGCAACUGCAGAGUAGCGAGAGUUCUCGGACGCACUGUGGCUUUUGUCGGCACGUUAUCUCACAUGUUACUGUUGAAAUAAAGAGCAAAAAAACCUA